CUUCAUUGUCUCACGCAAUUCUUUGACGUAACACACCCCUCCGACCCACAUCUCUCUCCAAGUGAUUCUCCUCAUCAGCCACCCCUCCCCCGCAACUCUCUAUAAAAUAUUAAUAUCAAAAGCAACUCGCGCGACGAGGACAAAUAUGAAAUAAGAGAAACUAAACACAAACAGAGAAGCGAAAGGGAAGCACGUUGGUUUAGUAAUUCACAUGUAAACACAUUUGUUAUCGUUAGAGUUUGACAAACAAAACUAUUACUUCACGAGAAAAACAUCUCGUGGUAUAUAUACAUAUACAUGUAUAUGUAUACGUAUAUAUAUAAUAAAAUAUAGGCUUAACAGUAGAUCUCGCCAAAUAUUGUUUUGGUUUUUAAGCGCGUGAGUGUAUCUAUCUAUCUAUCUAUCUAUCUAUCUAUCUAUCCAUCAGUAGUAGCAGUAGUUUUGGUAAUAGCAUUAAUAUUAGUAUAAUAGCAACAAUCGCAACCAACGUUCCUUGCUUUACACUGUGUGAUAAAUGAAUUGGAUCGUAAGUUAUAUAAAGCUAAAAUCAGACUUUGGAAAGAAACAAAGAGACCUAAAGAACAAUCAAGAGUUAUUUUAAUCCAAAAUUUGCUGAAGCUGACUCGUGUGGGAUGUUAAAAAAUACUUGGACAAAAAAAUGCCUAAUGCUUUUCUUGUACGAUCUAAAUCACGGACAGAAGAUUAUUUUCACAAUGAUACUAAAGUUGUGGAAGCAGUUUCAAAUCUUAAAUCAGUGCCUUCUGACACAGAUUCUAACAACAGAUUCUUAUGGUCCAGUCUUUCAUAUGACCAAAAACUUCUCAUUGGUGGAAUAUGUUUGAGUGACCUUUUAUCAUCAAUAUCCCUUUCCAUUAUGGCACCAUUUUUCCCCAAAGAGGCAGAGGAUCGUGGAAUCAGUAUUACCACAUCAGGAUGGAUAUUUGGAGUGUUUUCUUUAACUUCAGUCUUUAUGUCAGUUAUUUUUGGUCGUCUUGUAUCAGUUGUCGGAACUAAAUUCUUGUUUUUGUCUGGAUUAUUUUUUGCUGGAGGAUGUACAAUAUUAUUUGGAUUUUUGCAGUUCCUUCCAAUAGAUCCAAAUAACAACUUCCACUUUUUGAUUCUAUGUUUUGUGUUGAGAGUAUUUAUGGCCAUUGGUUGUACAGCCUAUAACUGUAGCAGUUUUACCAUUAUGUCUUUGGAAUUCCCCGAUGACAUCAGUACUGCUUUUGGUAUAACAGAGACGUUUGUAGGAAUUGGUCUUGCCGUAGGACCAGCACUUGGUGGAGCUUUAUACAGUGUUGGAGGCUUCAUCUUACCAUUUGUUGUUGUUGGUUCUAUAUUUUGGUGUGUGGUUCCUUUCACCUUUUGGAUAUUAUCAAAACGAAAAGACUGGAAAGUUGAACAGAAGAAGAAUAUUAUGAGGCCAUUAUUAAAGUCUCCAAUGUUAUUAGUAAUGUGUUUUGUAAUCUUCAUGUCAUCAACAGUCUGGGCAGGCUUAGAUCCAAUACUUGAACCACAUUUACGUAUGUUCUCAUUAAGUGGUUCACUUGUUGGUCUUGUGUUUCUUCUAAUAUCUGUGACGUAUGCUAUUGCUUCACCUUUCUGGGGUAAACUCUCAGACAGAGUGGAUGAUGCUAAUAAAUUACUUAUAGCAGGAUUCUUUAUGAUUGCAUUUGUCCUACUGUUCCUUGGACCAGUACCUAUUUCUGGGAUACCAGAUGAUCUUUUGUGGUUAAAUAUCAUAUGCCUUGCAUUACUUGGUAUAUUUGUAAGUCUCACAGUUCUACCAACAUAUGACAUGCUUCUAGAACUUGCAAUAGAAGCAGGACUACAAAAAUGUUCCAGUACAUAUGGAUUAGUAUCUGGUAUUUGGGGAUCAAUGUAUGCAUUCGGUGAAUUCGUUGGACCAUCUUUAAGUGGAUUUCUUAUGGACAGUGUUGGCUUCCAGUGGUGUACAAUUUACAUGGCCAUCGGGUGUUUUUCUGCUGGCCUCUUACUGUUUUUCAUUAAAAUAUUUGAAGAUAUCAAGGAAUAUGGUCUGACCAAAUUGCAAAUGGAAGAAAGAAAUCCAUUGUUAGAUGCUGACACACAAAUGAAAGGAUUCUUUGGGAGUUACUCUAUAUGAUGUUGUAUCUGAUAUUCGUGUAUUGGAUGGGGUAGGCUGAUGAAAAGGAGAUUUGAAAAAAAGAUAAAGAAAAAACAUACUUAAAUGGGGGAAAAAAUCAAACAAACUAAAGUAAAACUGCUUUCAUACCAAGGAUAUUU